UUCACAUCUUACUGAUUCACUGGUCGCUGCAGUUUAUUAACACUGUAUUGAGAGCCAGAAAAACAGAAAGAGAGAGAGGAGUUAAAACAAACAGGACAGGCAGAAGUGGACACUGACUUAAUAGAGAGAGAGAGAAAGCAGGACACAGUGACCACAGCGAACCCAGAGGGCUAUAGGUACCACACAAGAAGUUGGACAAACAGACAAAGGAAGUCCAUCAAACCAUGGAAGAUGUAUCACUCCACCAGGAGGAUUCUGGGAACGAUGCAACAGCAAACCAGAUAGAGGACAACAACAACAAUCAGACAGAGAAAGAAGCUCCAGUUCAGGAGUGUGACCCCCCGAAGAGAGCGCACCUGGUGGAGUACACAGUGGAAGGUCAUAGGGUCAAGUCAGGGGCUAAUAGGGCGAAAACUCCAGAACAGGCAACAGGGGCUAGCAUUGAAAACAUAGAGGAGUCUCAGCCUGUAACCGACGCCAAUGAGGGUAAUGGUGAAGAAGACCCCAAAUUGUUGAAAGGAGAGGGGGAAAGUGAGAUGGAGGAGCACAAUAAUGGAAAGGGGCAAGAGGUGGUCAAGAAUGGAGAGAUUGAGAAGAAGAAAGAGGAGCUGAAAGAGGACAAAGAGAAGGGGGGAGAAAAGAAAGAGGGGAAGGGGGGGAAAAUAGAAAAGAGAAAAGGAGAUGAAGAGAAGAGGAAAGACAGAAAAAUAAAGGCAGGGAAGGGAGAGGCAGGGAAGGGAGAGGCAGGGAAGGGAGAAGCAGGGAAGGGAGAGGCAGGGAAGGGAGAGGCAGGGAAGGGAGAGGCAGGGAAGGGAGAAGCAGGGAAGGGAGAGGCAGGGAUAGGAGAGGCAGGGAAAGGAGAAGCAGGGAAGGGAGAGGCAGGGAAGGGAGUGGCAGGGAAGGGAGAGGCAGGGAAGGGAGAGGCAGGGAAGGGAGAAGCAGGGAAGGGAGAGGCAGGGAUAGGAGAGGCAGGGAAAGGAGAAGCAGGGAAGGGAGAGGCAGGGAAGGGAGUGGCAGGGAAGGGAGAGGCAGGGAAGGGAGAGGCAGGGAAGGGAGUGGCAAGGAAGGGAGUGGCAGGGAAGGGAGUGGCAGGGAAGGGAGAGGCAGGGAAGGGAGUGGCAGGGAAAGGAGACGGAGAGGCAGUGAAGGGAGAGCAAGGGAAGGGAGAGGGAGGGGAGGCAGAGGCAGAGGAAGGGAAGGCACCAGAGAACAAGAGCAAACCAGUAAAAGAAAAGGAAAGGGCGGGAGGAGGAAAGGUUCAAGAGAAAAGCAAGGAGGUGGAGAAGCAAGGGAAGACCAAAAGAAAGAGUGUCUUGAAUCCCACCGCCUCUACCCCAUCCUCUGCAGCCCCCUCUGUGAUCCGACCCCGGAACUCUGCCCGCUCUGCCCGGAUGUCCAGAAAAAAUGACAUCAUAGCAAAGUUCCAGCAAAAUGCACCUGAGACACCGGUUGUCCGCAACUUCAAACUUCAGAGAUCAUCUAUGGCUGUGGCAAGUGGGGCAUCAAUCAAACAGAAAGUGCUUUCAUGGUGUGCCAACAAAACACGCAACUAUGAGGGUGUUUCCAUAGAGAACUUCUCAUCUUCAUGGUGUGAUGGGCUGGCGUUCUGUGCACUCAUCCAUCGCUUCUUCCCAGAUGCUUUUGACUUCUCAGCCCUGAACGCAUCUGAGAAAGAGAAGAACUUCACCCUGGCCUUCAACACAGCAGAGACCAUGGCUGACUGCUACCCCCUGUUGGAGGUUGGUGAUAUGCUCCUGAUGGGGAACAGACCAGAUCCUAUGUGUGUGUUCACCUAUGUCCAGGCUCUCUGUCAUCACCUCUCCAAAAUAGAGAAGGAGAAGAAGGACAAGGAAGAAAAGGAGAAGAAGGACACGGCAGAGGAAAAGAAGAGUGAAAAGAUGACCGACGGAGAGGUAGAAACCACUACAGAGAAGAAAGAGGAGGAGAGUGUGGGAGGGGAGAACAAAGGAAAAGAUGGGAAAGAGAAAGAAAGCGAGGAGAGCUCAGCGGUGGAGGGAGAGAAAGAGGAAAGGGAAGUUGUACUGUUAGUUGAAGGGCAGGCUUAAGCUAACGCUAAAGAUACAUUGAAAAGACCAAAGGAGAGGGAUUCAGAGAGAUUAAGAAAGACUUAAGCUACAUCAUGAAGUAGAGUCUUACAGUGUUCAACGUGAUUGUGUGUGAAGAGUAUAUGAGCAUCAUUUCUUAAAGUGUGACACAUUACUACUGUGUAUUCAAAAGCUGGCUUUGUGAAGGUUUGGAAUUAUGCUCAAAUUCCAACAAUGUGUGUCAAUUGUAACCUGUUGUGAUAUUUUAAACAUGAUUUAACAUGCUGUGUUUUGGAACUUUGCGCAGAGGAACAUUAAACGCCAAUGUGUAUUAUAAUGUAUUCUUUUGAUUUAUUCUUCAGACAGACCACCCAUGUAUACUACCAUUCAAAAGUUUGGGGUCACUUAGAAAUGUCCUUGUUUUUUAAAGGAAAGCACAUUUU